GUUCUUUGCGUGCAAUAAUUUAUCUUCAUCUCCUAAUUGUCCACCAGGUCCUAAUCCAGAUGCUGAUUUUUCUGAGGCACCAUUGAUGAUCACCAUUCAUGUAAAGGGAAGAAAGGAAGAUAUUGUUGUUGCUGUGCAAAAGAGUGGUUUUGCUUGGGCUUUGCACCGGGACAAUGGUACCAUCAUUUGGUCAACGGAAGCUGGGCCAGGUGGGCUUUCAGGAGGUGGAUACUGGGGGGCAGCAACCGACACAAAGAUAGUGUACACCAACAUUGCAAACUCUGAUGCCAAAAAUUUCACUCUUAAACCCUCCAACAAGACCACAACUAGUGGUGGUUGGGUGGCAAUGGAUGCUAAUAGUGGCACAAUAUUAUGGUCAGUAGAAAACCCAAGCAAUGCCACUGCUAGUGGACCUGUUAGUGUGGCUAAUGGCAUUGUGUUUGCUGGUUCCACAAAUAGGAAGGGUCCUAUUUAUGCAAUUGAUACAAAGAGGGGUGAAAUUGUUUGGUCUUAUGAGACUGGUGCCACUGUUUUUGGUGGAAUGUCAAUUAGUGAUGGAUGUAUAUACUUUGGUAAUGGGUAUAAGGUUGGUAUUGGAUUGUAUCUUGGCAACUUCACUUCUGGAACCUUUCUUUAUGCAUUUUGUGUCAAAGUAAAAUAA